CUAAUGGGGAUAGCCGGGAAGCUUUCCGACGUGCCCGUCUUUGAUUCAGGAGUGCGGGAAGCCCUCGCCUUCACCAUGCAGCAAUACAAUCAACGCAGACGUCAGAGCUCCAACGUUUUCAAGGUGCUGAAUGUCCUGAAGGUGCAGUCCCAGUUGGAGACUAGGGACGAAUAUGAUUUUAUGGUGCAGGUGGUGGAAACAGAAUGUCAAAAGUGGGCCGCUCAGCGAAUGGAUUUUGAGACGAUCCAGAACUGUCAGCAACUUCCAGGAAAUCAGAUACAAACCUGCUACUUUAAAGUUAUACUCCGCUCUCCGGCUAACUUGGCAGUCACUGCCUGUUCCUCAUCUGGACUUCCGAAGGACCUUUUCAACUCAGGCUAAAGAUUCUGAGUGUGUCCAGCA